CAAGUUGCGCCAUACUCGCAGAUGGCGUCGAUUGGUAGAUGUAUAGUCUAUCGAUAGACUGCAACCCCCACCAACUCUUUGGGGUACGAAGUCUCUAUUUAACCGGGCAGUUAAGACUACGAGAUACGAAUUGUAAGGGAUAUGAAUAGGUAGCGACUAUUUAAAAUGUAGAUAUACCCCGCGUAUGGACGCUCAUCCGAGCUCGCCGCCCUUAAGAAUAUUCGUUUUUACAUUCGUAAUCAAUCUUCAAGAUGCCGGGACGUAUAAUCGAUCGUUAUGAGCACGUGCCUGUAACGCAGGAAGACCUUGACUGGGCCGAUCUCAUUACAUUGGACUUAGGUCUAUAUGAGCAACCGGGAGGCAAAGAAGAGCUCGUAAAGCAGCUCGACCACGCGGUCCGAAAUGUUGGAUUCUUCUACGUGAAGAACUUCAACAUAUCCCAGGAAGAAGUUGACCAACAGUUCGCUCUCGGACGAGAGUUUUACUCGCUCCCCCUGGAAGAGAAAUUGAAGUAUCAUAACAAGCAAGAUCUCGAAAGCGGCGAAUAUAAUGGGUAUAGGCCAGCGGGCCACCGAGUCCUUGGAAACGGCGUGAAGGAUAACGUCCAAGUAUACAACAUACCUAAAUUUGAUGGCUUCCAUCAGCGCGAACAACCACCCAUCCUCCAGAGUAAGAUCAAGGAGAUCGAAGCAUUCUCGAGGAAAUGCCACGAAGAAGUCGUCGUGAAGCUCCUGCGCCUCUUCGCGAUCUUACUUGAGCUCCCUGACGAGGACCAGCUAGUCCGGGAUCAUCUCUACGACGUUAAAGGAGAAGACCAUCUGCGGUACAUGCACUACGCAGCACGAAGCCAGGAAGAGAACGCCAAGGUGGCCAACCUGUACGGGCCAGGCCACACGGAUCUCGGCACGGUGACCCUCCUGUUUAGACAACCAGUAGCUGCGCUGCAGAUUCUAAACUCAGCAGGAGAGUGGAAGUGGGUGAAGCCACAAGACGGCACCAUCACGAUCAACACCUGCGACGCGCUCACCGCGCUGACGGGCGGCCUGAUCAAGUCCAGCGUGCACCGAGUGCACACGCCGCCCGCGGACCAAGCGCAUAUCGACCGCCUAGGCGUGCUAUACUUUGCGCGUCCGAAUAACCACGUCGUGCUGGACCCGAUCGCGAAUAGCCCCCUGCUGAACCGGCUCGGGUUAACUAGCAACGCCUUCACGGAGCUGGGACAGCAUCUGACCACGGAGCAAUGGGUCAAGGCGCGACAGACGCAACAGCAGCGACCCCGCGUCAGCGCUAAGAUUCAUACCGAUGGCAAAUAUGAGUACGAGAGGAAGGACUUGGAAAUCUUGCCUGGGCUACAUGCUGUUAUUCAUAACUAACUGAGUUCUGAGUUGGGGAUCUCCGGCGAACUUAUGAGGUAGUCGUUCAAGAAUAUGUACCUACCUCCUAAUCUAUGCUAUGGCUACCAAUGCGACGAUGAAAGUAAAAGCACGCCAGCAUUCAGAGAACAUCAAGUGAUAAUUCAUCAAGUAAAUUCAUAACUAUUUCCCAUAUCGCACAUCUCACAUCUCACAAGCAAUAUCCCAUCAUAAUAGAAAAAACCGCAAGGGAUUUAGAAAAAACCGCAAGGGAUUCCGAUCGAAUUAUC